AUGAAGGGCUUCAAGCUGUGCUGGAAGAGCUAUGGUGACGACGGUGUUGUCAAUGGCUUUUUCUUAGAAAAGGGUGUGCCAUGCACAAAUCUGCUGAAGAAAGUGGAAGGUCUUGGGGCCGUUAGGGCGGUGACCCCCGACUUGUUAACCUCCGAGGAGUCCUUGCUCGCCCUCUCGUUCAUUCUUCUCAACUACUUCAUGGUCAGAAAGCAGCUCAACCCGAAGUCGAACGACGAUGCCAAGAACCAGGGGUCCGGCGAUUCUACCACCAAGUUCAAGCCGCUGGAAUGGAUUCAGCGCAGUGAAAGAAACCGAACUCGUGCCGUCAUCUUUUCGAGCUGGAUGUACCUCCUUCAGCUCCGCUACGCCCACACUGCCUGCACACUGGUUUGGGUUCUGGCUUACCGAGCAUAUUUGGCGGAUUUUGAAUGGGCAAAGCCCUACGUCUUGAGCUCAAUCAUUGUCGCCAUCCGCCUUCUACUAUUCACGCUCGGUACUGUUGGCGGCCUAUGCCCAUUGUACCAUAUUGCGAAGGCGCAAGCACAAUACAUACGUGCUCUGAUACACCUUGAACUUUCACCCGAGCAGAAAACCAAGGAUGAGAGUUCGGUGCCUCAAGAACUUCCAGCCUCUGCUCCUCCAAGCUCUGUCCAAGCGAUAGAUACUCAAACGGCAGCUCUAUGGUCCCCUGUGCCCCCUAUGACCCCUGUUGUUAGUAGCCCUGCUCUUGAGAAGCUGACUCAGACAGCUGCUCUUCGCCAGACUUCCCCUUACCUGGAGACAACCCGGGAGAGUCCCUAUGAACGCGAGAAGCGCGCCAUGAAGACUGCUCCUGAAAGGCAUACCCCAACUCCUGCCUUUCUUCUCCUCGCUCCCAGAAGCGAUUACACCCACCCAAUGACAACUACUCCACAGCCCACCUCUGAAGCUGGUCAGCAGGGUCCUCAAACAACAGUUCCUCACCUUUCACGCAAUCCCUCGGCAGGAAACGCGCCGCCGUCCUAUACAGAUUCUACCACAAACGGCGCAAACAACGUCAGCCGCCAAGAAGCUUUUGAUGCUUUAACUAGACGGCUAAAUGCACCCGUUGUGACUCGUCAAGAUCAACGAACUUUCAACACCAAGCCUGCUUCCAGCCCCACAGGACGGGUGCCAGUAGGACAAGCAUUCGAGGAAAAUGCUGCGAAGUCCUCAGAUUCUCCAGCUCAAUCUGAAGACUGGGAAUACGUCCACCACGAAGAAGGAAAGUCAAGUUCCUAA